UGCGCGCCCCGCGCGCUCCCCGCGCGCACCGCGCUCGCUCCCUGCAAGCGCACUAUGCGCAUGGCACGCGCCCUCUCCACUCUGCUCGCGGUGCUGUGUGGGGCAGUGGCGGGCGCAGGCGACGUGAUGGCGAACGUGAGCCGCGUACACCGCGCCGCGCCGCCGCACCAUCCGCACCGCGUGCUGUAUGUAGACAGGACCGACGAAGAGGAAGCAACUGCGGCGUGGAAGCGCUCACAUUGGCGCGAGAUGAAGUCCAUACUCCAGCACGAGGGUGCCAAUGUAGAAAAGGUAGAGUGCUGCCCCUCAGUACUAGAGAUGGUGGAAAAAAAAGGCGGCAAGAACUUAAGAGGUCGUUACGUCCAUCUCUAUAGAGACGGGGAAAAUAAGCAACUACUCUACGAGCUAUCGUGUGCUCCAGGCGUUGUUGACAAACCCUGUCGGUUCGUCGACGCCAGACUCUACAACCAAUCGGUUUGCGUCCAACAAUACUCGUACACGUAUGCGUUAGUGCGGGACUCAGCAGAUACGGAGAUGCCCCAAUAUAGGAAUCGAACUGAAAAGUACUUUAACGUGACGGGCACCGGUGGCUGGUCCAUGGACCAUAUAAAAGUGCGUGCGGGCUGUGAGUGUCAAAUUACGCCGCCGAAGCGGAAAAAUGCACACAGAAGACGGCCGGAGAGACAACGGCAUAAGAGGAAAAACAAAAAGUUCGAAGAAGAUGAUGACACUUGAUUGUGGGUGUAGUGCUAGUAAUCCAGUGGGACUUUGAACAAAUUUAACGUGGAAUCUUCCCGAUUUAGUAUUAGUAGAACAUCGUGGUUUUGCAACUUUGCAAAUUUGACCCUGGGCCAUAUGCCUAGUAACAUACCUAUAAAAAAUUACAAGAAAUUAUUUCAUAUGACAACAGUUUUUAGGAAAAUAUUCCUAAACUCCUGUUCAGAAGUCUAUACUUAAAACAAAAUUAACGUAAGAACACAAACAAAAAUUUCUUUAUAUCCGAGUCCAGACACGUUGAGGCAACAUACAAAGACUCCAAUCGGAUCGAUGGAAUUUUUCUUUCGUGUUUGUUCGAUGUAUAAAUCAAUAAUACAAAAGAUAGAUGAAUUCAUUGCAGUAAAAAUAUCAUGAUUCUAAAUAAAAAGAUAUUACGAAUUAAACUACUUUAUUAUUAUUUUUGUGAGUUGCAAAGUCAAGAAAGUCGUGUUAACAUAACGUUACCGAUGCCAAGCCAAUAACUUGGUCAUAGCAAGUAUCGGUAUUAAUUCAAUGUAUUUAUUUUUGGGAAUAUCUUUAAUUACGCUUCUCGUAUUGUAGUGUUGUGUAAAUAGUUUUGAUCGAUCUUAUGAAUCAGUGCCUUUACAAUUAAUUGUUGUCAUUCUUUACCACUUCUUCGCUCUCCUGACUAAUUGGCGCUUUCCCGAUUAAUUGUCGUAAUUCGGUUAACAUCACGAGCUUUAUUAUCAGGACGUUAUUUGCAAAAUAUUAAUCGCCUUACUUACCUAUGUUACUAACAGCAUGCUGCCAUGCUUAUGAUAAGAACAAUAAGUAACUCAAACAUACUUACUGUUAAUAUUGUAAGCACGGCAUCAUGGAGAACAAGUUUUGUUCCAGGAUUUUUUAGAAAACACAAUGAAUUUACCAAAAAUAAACUUUUACAUCUGUGCUUGGUAGUAAAGUAGUAAGUUAAAACGAGCAAGAGUCCUCCUUGAUGACCCCUCACCCCCGCUCUUGUGUUUUGCUUCGGACUGGUAUUUACCCAGGCGCUUUCUUUUGCUACUGCACAGAGUUAUCACCGUUUAAAGCGAUCUAUUUAAAUAUUUUUAUUUUGGACUGUAUUUUUUUGUAUGUAUGCUAUUGGGAUUACACCGGCACUUGUGAGCCGAUUUUGAUGAUUCUUUUUUUCUGUUGGAAAGAGAGUACCCCAGUAUUGAUCCUAUUUAAAUUUAAAGAAAAUAUUCCGCCUGUAAGGAUGUCAAACUACGGAAGGAAAUCGGUUUCGCGCACUUUCCGGUAACCGAUUUCAACAAAUCUUGGCAAAUAGAUGUAAUUCCACAAACUUUUCAGGUCAGUUUUUUUUAUAAAAACGUUGUUAUUUUUAUGUACG